CGCGCCUCUGCCGGCGCCGCGGCCCCGGCCGCCAGCUCGGAGGUGGAGUACCUGAACGUGCGCCUGAGCCUGCGGGAGCCCCCGGCCGGUGAAGGCAUCAUUUUAUUACAGCCUGGAAAACAUGAAUUUCCAUUUCGUUUUCAACUUCCAUCUGAACCUUUGGUCACCUCAUUUACUGGGAAAUAUGGAAGCAUUCAGUACUGUGUGCGGGCAAUUUUGGAACGACCCAAGAUACCUGAUCAGAGUGUAAAGCGGGAACUCCAGGUUGUUAGUCAUGUCGAUGUCAACUCACCAGCAUUAUUAACCCCUGUAUUGAAAACCCAAGAGAAAAUGGUUGGCUGUUGGUUUUUCACUUCCGGUCCAGUCUCGCUGAGUGCCAAAAUUGAAAGAAAGGGAUACUGUAAUGGAGAAGCUAUUCCAAUCUAUGCAGAAAUAGAGAAUUGUUCCUCUCGUCUGAUUGUUCCCAAGGCCGCUAUUUUCCAAACCCAGACAUAUUUGGCUAGUGGAAGAACUAAGACUGUCCGUCACAUGGUUGCCAAUGUGCGAGGAAACCACAUAGCUUCUGGGAGCACUGACACAUGGAACGGGAAAACUCUAAAAAUUCCACCUGUUACUCCGUCCAUCCUGGAUUGCUGUAUUAUCAGAGUGGACUAUUCCUUAGCUGUAUACAUUCACAUUCCUGGUGCUAAAAAAUUGAUGCUUGAACUGCCAUUAGUGAUUGGUACUAUUCCAUAUAAUGGUUUUGGCAGCAGAAACUCCAGCGUUGCCAGCCAGUUCAGUAUGGAUAUGAGCUGGUUGACACUGACCCUGCCAGAACGGCCUGAAGCACCACCAAAUUAUGCAGAUGUGGUAUCAGAGGAAGAAUUUUCAAGACACAUUCCUCCUUACCCGCAGCCUCCUAACUGUGAGGGAGAAGUGUGCUGUCCUAUGUUUGCCUGCAUACAAGAAUUCCGGUUUCAGCCUCCACCUCUUUAUUCAGAGGUUGAUCCACACCCUAGUGAUGUAGAAGAUACCCAGCCUGUUUCCUUCAUUCUCUGAACAUCUUUCAGAAAUCACCGUGUUCAUCAUCAAAUUAGAAUGUUGAUUCUUUCCUUCUGUUUUUUUGGGAAAGGAGGGAAGAUAAACUUUAGAACAUAAAUGAACACCAAGACUGAAGGCAACAGAAAUUAAAGAAUACAAGAACUUUCUAAUGGGCCAACAGGAUAGUUGCACAAGUUUACACGAUGGUUGUAUAACUCCAUUAAAGGAUGGCAUGAAGAUGUGAGUCACAGAAUGUAAUGAAAGUCCCGAUGGUGAUAGAGUAAGUGAAGGCGUGCAUGCGCUGACCUGAGAGAAAGGAAUCUGUAAACGGUGGAAACACUAUGAGAGUUCCCAGAGUGUUUUAAGAAGUGGAACAAAAGUAUUCUAAAUUUAAGGUGAUAAGGACUCUAUGGGAGAAGACUUGAUUUUGGAGAGGUAACAGGACAAGGGUGUGCAUGAAUAGGAGAAUGGCCUGCUUUGAAUACAAAGUGAGACCCUCAGGUUUCAGGGUCUUCAUGAUUUCUUACCAUAUUCAGGCCUGAAGUCUUCAAAAGUAUCUUUUGAUUCCUGAUCAUAUGAGGUCCUGAUGAAGUAAUACAGUUUUCACUCUUUCAGUAGUAGGUUAAAAUGUAGUUUAUAAAUUGGCUAUACAGUAUUGUAAAACCAAGAAAGAAUUUCUUGAAAAACUUGUCAGUUCAAAGGAGAAAGAUGACUUUCAAUAUGAAAACACCUUUUUGUUGAAAGCUAUACAUCUUACCCCCUUUAAGUACUUUAAUGGGAUAUGUGUUUGAUUUUCCUUAUAUCUUAUCUACCUAAGAGCACAUUAGGGAAAGAAGAGGUGAGGAAGUUGGAUCUUCAGGAUGAAUGCCUUGAUAACUACCCAGUCCAAAAAAACAAAUGCAUAAAGCCUUUUUUAGCCU